AUCCUUUUUGCUAUUGCAGAUUGAACGUGAUGCUGGUCGUUUGAUUGAUUGUAGAGCUAGGAUGAAAUUCAGUCCUUUAGGGGCUUGUGCACUGGCCGGUACAGGGCUCCCCAUUGACCGGUUCAUGACAUCAGAUGCAUUGGGAUUUACAGCUCCGAUGAGGAAUAGUAUUGAUGCAGUUUCUGACCGAGAUUUUCUACUGGAGUUUCUUUCUGCUAAUGCCAUCACAGCAGUGCAUCUUUCUCGAUUGGGUGAAGAAUGGGUAUUGUGGGCUUCAGAAGAAUUUGGAUUUAUCACUCCAAGCGACUCUGUUUCAACAGGAAGCAGCAUAAUGCCUCAGAAAAAGAAUCCAGACCCAAUGGAACUUGUUCGUGGUAAGUCUGGCAGAGUCAUAGGGGGUUUGGUCACUCUUCUAACAGCGUGCAAAGGACUUCCACAUGCUUACAAUCGCGAUUUGCAGGAAGACGAAGAACCAGUGUUUGACAGUGUUAGAGCUAUUUUGGGAAUGCUUGAAGUCUCAGCAGAAUUUGCAAUGAACAUUACUUUCAAUCGGGAAAGAAUACAAAAGUCUUUACCUGCUGGUUUUCCUGGUGCAACAACACUUGCUGACUAUCUUGUUAAGAAGGUUAAGGUUGGUUUAAGAUGGUCGCACGUGAAGGACGUGUUUGGUGGUUUGAAAAUGAACGGUUAUUGCAGGAUGAUAUCGCGCCACAUUGAGUUUUAA